GCCUGAGGCGACAGAUUCCGGAAAGGGGAAGAGCAGCCAAUAUGGCGGCGGAGCGCGGCGCGGGGCAGCAACAGUCGCAGGAGAUGAUGGAGGUUGACAGGCGGGUUGAAUCUGAAGAAUCAGGUGAUGAGGAGGGGAAGAAGCAUGGCGGCGUCAGCAUUGUGGCGGACCUCAGCGAGCAGAGCCUGAAGGAUGGAGUAGAACGGGCCGCAGAAGACCCGGAAGAGGAACAUGAGCUGGCAGUAGAUAUGGAAACCAUCAGCCUGGACCGAGAUGCAGAGGAUGUUGAUCUGAAUCACUAUCGAAUCGGGAAGAUUGAAGGCUUCGAGGUGCUGAAGAAAGUGAAGUCACUCUGCCUUCGGCAAAACCUUAUUAAAUGCAUUGAGAACCUGGAGGAACUGCAGAGUCUUCGAGAACUGGAUCUCUAUGAUAAUCAGAUCAAGAAGAUUGAGAAUCUUGAGGCACUGACAGAAUUGGAGGUUCUAGAUAUUUCUUUCAAUUUGCUGAGGAACAUUGAAGGUAUUGACAAACUAACACAGCUGAAGAAACUCUUCUUGGUCAACAAUAAAAUCAAUAAAAUUGAGAACAUAAGCAGUUUACAUCAGCUGCAGAUGUUGGAGCUGGGAUCUAACCGGAUCCGGGCAAUUGAAAAUAUCGACACGUUAACCAACCUGGAGAGUUUGUUUCUGGGGAAAAACAAAAUUACAAAACUUCAGAACCUGGAUGCACUGACCAACCUGACAGUCCUCAGUAUGCAGAGCAACCGGCUAACAAAGAUCGAAGGUCUUCAGAGCUUGGUGAACCUCCGUGAACUAUACCUCAGCCACAAUGGCAUCGAGGUUAUUGAAGGCCUGGAGAACAACGAAUACAGACGCGCUCCCAGGGCAGGUCACUCAACAUCCGCCAAGUAUUCAAGGCCUUGUGGUGGUUUGAAAAGUCCUUACCUGCCCUGUAUCACACAGAUAGCCAGCACAAGGAUCAUCAGCUAUGUCCUUGCAUUUACCCUGGCCACUGCCUUCCUCCCCUGCCUCAGGCCCCACCCCCCUGUGAAGGCUGCAGAGUGAGCUCAGCUCUGCUGCUUAGAAGGAAGAAGGUGGCUCUUGCUCCCCUGCCUGUCUCCUGGAAUCCAAAGAGCUGAAGGGUUCCUUCUCUUGCUCUUCUUCCUCCUCCUCCCCUUCCUCCUCCUCCCCUUCUUCUUCCUCCUCUUCUCCCCCCUCCUCCCACUGCCUUUCACCAGCCUGCUCCACUCCUCCCACCCAGCUCCAGCUUCCCUUCAGAAGAGCCUUACACUUGCAGUUGCCUUUGGCCUCACCUGCUUUUCCUCCAAGUAUGAUUCAGGACAAAUAAAAUAUUUUUUUUCUUGUUCAAUUCUA